UCUUAUAAUCCUCUUUGUUAUAAAAGCAAAUAUAAAUCAAAAACAUUAUGGGUGUGAAUACCUAUACUUAUGAGUCAACAACCACAAUUUCCCCAACAAGACUAUUCAAAGCUUUGGUUCUUGAUUUUGACAACCUUGUACCUAAAUUGUUGUCACAACAUGUUAAGAACAAUGAGACUAUUGAGGGAGAUGGUGGUGUUGGAAGCAUCAAGCAAAUGAACUUUGUUGAAGGUGGUCCAAUAAAGUACUUGAAACACAAGAUUCAUGUGAUUGAUGACAAGAACUUAGAAACAAAAUAUUCACUUAUUGAAGGUGAUAUUCUUGGAGAAAAAUUGGAAUCAAUUACUUAUGAUAUCAAAUUUGAAGCUAAUGAUAAUGGAGGUUGUGUUUACAAGACAACAACUGAGUAUCACACAAAGGGUGAUCAUGUUGUUAGUGAAGAAGAACACAAUGUAGGCAGAGAGAGAAUCAUGAAUAUUUCCAAGGCUGUAGAAGCAUACCUUCUCGCGAAUCCUUCUGUCUACGCUUGAAUAUUGAUGAAAAAGAAUCAGGUCUACACGUGAGAAAUUAUGCAUGUACGUGAACGUGUUGUGAUGUUAAAUAAUUUAAAAUGUGUGUGUUGUUUUUAAGAAGUUUAAACUCUCGAAUGAGAGACGUAGAAGUUGAUUGAUGUUGUGUGUGUAUUUUCCAAUUGUAUGUCAUGGAAAGAACUUUCAAUAAAGAAUAUUAUCACAAGCU